AUGCAAAGGUAUGAUUAUAAUCGCCUUGGAAUUCUCGCAAAGCAGCUGUUUCGUUUGGCUGAACUGUUUGUUGCUCUGCAAAUCAUCUGGUGCACCUACACUCGGCUCCAUUAUGCCGUCAAAAUCUCGGGCGAGUACUUCCGGGAGCUUUUCACCGUCAUCGCUAGUCCACUCUUCGCUUUUAUCCUCUGUCACGGAAUCAUCAUCUAUCUCAUUGCCAAAUCAUCAGCAAGAUUCUCUGGCCAACAAAACCAGUCUGCUAACAACGUCGUCGAGGCCCAACUCUACGACUACCGGGAAACCAUCCCAUAUGAAAAUAAUAAUAACAACCAACGCACAAGCUUAAUCUAUCAAUCGAGUCCUACUACUUUCAGCUCCAGUAUGACCCCGUCAAUAGAAGAGGAUAUUAUGCACGAAGACAAGCAGAACAUAAUCUCUGAGGUGAGCACCAUUAAUAUUAAAAAUUAUGAAGUUGACACUGAUCAUAUGGACUCCGAUACAGAUUCCGGUUAUCAUCCAAAAGCUUACAAGACAAGGAUGCAUUCUGAGAAGUUCAAUCGAGAGUGUUCUGUGAAGAAACAUGAAGAGCUCUGCCCUUCCGAAACGGAAAAGUUCCCGAAUGAUAUGAAGUUGAGUGACGAGGAGUUCAACCGCUCUGUGGACGCCUUCAUCGCAAAGCAGUUGAGGUUUCGUCGCCACGAGUCCCUUUCUAUCGCGCUUUCAAAUCAGAGCUGA